AUGGCAGCUCGAAAUGAUCCAGAACAAGGCCAGGAAUCCCUGGCAGAAGGAGCAUCAAUUCCAAGCUCUGCAAACCAAACCAAUGAACUUCAUGAUCCUAAUUUCAAAUCCGAAACCUUCCUUCACACUCUGGGCAAAACAGCUCAAGAGAGACAUGAAUCUAUACUUGCAAAUCGACAUGAAAAGGCUGAAUGGAAUGUUGAAACCUUUGACGAAUUCCAGAAACUAUCUGUCACCAACCAGAAAAUGGCAUGGACUUUGCACAAGAACAUUCUUCAGGACUAUUUGGCCCCAGCAGAGGACUCAAAUUCGAUACUGGCUGAAAAGAAUGAUGCCAUUCUCCAGUUACAGGAACUGAUCCAGAGCAACGAGCAACAAAUCACAGAGCAAUGUUACGGCUAUAGUAACAUGAUGUCAUGGUUACAGGGCCAGGGCCUAAAGUCAGCGUUACACUUUGAGCACCACUUCUACGAGGCACUGGCUCAUACACAAAGCAACAUGUCUGUCGUCAGUUCGAAGGGGAAAACCCCCACCAUGCCAACUUCGUCUCAGAGGUCUAAGCCUGAGAAUGAAGAGAUGCCCGACGCACCCACCAUCAACGAACUCAAGGAAACUCUACGCGUCAAGUUGCCCGACACUUACUCCGGCAACCGAAAGGAACUUGAGGUGUUUUUGCUACAGGUCGAACUGUACCAGCACUUCAAUGACGAGAAGUUUCCCACCCAGGAGAGCUAUGCCCUGUAG